UUCCGUGAGUGUGAAUCAGCACAACUCAGUAGCCUAAGAGAUGCAUUAGGUAGGCUAAGUUUAAGGUUUAUUAGGUUACAAAGGUAAAAUUAUCGCUUUUGCGCAGUCGUGAUAUUUACUGAACGCCAGGUUCACCAUGGCUGAGGAUUAUUAUAUAAUUCAUGAGAAUGAGAUGAGGGAGAUCAAGGAGGCACUGGAAAACAAGAAGUGGAGUGCAGCGGUGACUAAGAUCCAGGACUACUGUGAGCAGAUUAACCGUGUAGAACUAAAUAUUGCCAUCACGGGAGAGACCGGCUCUGGCAAGUCCACCUUCGUCAAUGCAAUCCGGGGCCUGGAGGACGAAGAUGAGGGGGCGGCUCCAACCGGUGUGGUUGAGACGACCAUGGAGCCAACUAUGUACCCCCACCCUAAAUUUCCCAACGUUAAAAUGUGGGACCUUCCCGGGAUCGGGUCACCCAACUUCAAAGCAGAGGAGUACCUUCAAAAAGUAGAAUUCCAACGCUAUGAUUUCUUCAUCAUCAUCAUCUCAGAUCGUUUCAAAAUCAGCAACGUGCAGCUGGCCACUGAGAUCCAGCGCAUGAAGAAGAAGUUCUACUUUGUUCGCUCAAAGAUCGACAGAGACAUACAGUCAGAGCAAAGGAAGAAGGGCUUUGACAAGGAAAAAACACUCAAUUUGAUUCGGCAAGACUGCAUCAAAGGCCUCCAGCAACAUGAACUGGCAUCUCCUUGGGUCUUCCUCAUCUCCAGUUUCCACCUAGAUCUCUACGACUUCCCACAGCUGGAGGAUAAUAUAGAGCAACAGCUGCCUGAUCUCAAAAGGCAUGUCCUCCUGCUGUCGCUGCCCAACAUCACCCUGGACAUCAACCAGAGGAAGAAGAAAACCUUACAAGCCCACAUAUGGAAGUUGGCCUUGCUGUCAGCAACCGUGGCAGCUGUGCCCAUCCCAGGUCUGUCCAUGGCGGUGGAUGUCACCAUCCUUGUCAUUGAGCUCAUCAAGUAUUACAAGGCUUUUGACCUGGAUGAUAAGUCCCUGGAAACUCUCUCUAACAAAACAAAUGUGCCGGUGAAGGAGCUGAAGGCAGUCCAGAAAUCCCCCUUCAACAAGGAAAUAUCGGCCAACGUGGUCAUCAAAUUGCUGACCAAAUGUGCUGGGGCAGGGCUGAUGUUGCUGGAGUACUGGGUCAGCACAAUCCCGGUGUUGGGCUCCAUGGCAGCCGGGGGGAUCUCGUUUGCCACCAUUCACAGAAUGCUGACGACCAGCUUGAAUGAGCUGGCAGAUGACGCACACAAUGUCCUGAUUACAGCUUUGCAGCAACACAUUGUGACACAACCAGGGCUCAUUUUUCACCAGUUCAACUGCUUUUGGCAGCUCAGGGUGUCCCGUUUCCACGGCGAUCCACUGUAA